AUGUCGUGUAAUGUCGCCUUGUUUCAUGAGAACGGAGACGUGUACGGAGACGGUGAUACAUACAUCCCAUUAUAUCAGGGGAAUGUAAUCGAUAUGCUAGGAGGUCAAAAUCAUCAAACCAGCGUUGGUUAUGCAAUUGGACAGCUGGCCUUUGUCUCGCUUGGAAGUGCUCUGUUCUCCGGCAUGAGAGGAGGCAUAUUUAUGUGCACUCUGGCCAGACUCAACAAGAGACUGAAGCACCUGCUGUUCCACACCCUGCUGCAGCAGGAGGUGCACUUCUUUGAGGAGAACAACCCUGGACGUCUGUCCUCCCGCCUGCACUCUGACGUAGACAGGAUGGGCCGCACGGUCGCACUGAACUCCAACGCUCUGGUCCGCAGCACAGUCAAAACCGUUCUCAUGUUCAGAGUAAUGUUGGGCCUGUCCUGGGAGCUCACAUUGCUCACCAGUAUAGAGAUGCCUCUGCUGGCCUUCCUGCAGAACAAAUACAUCACCUGGUCCAAGGACCUGAAAGACCAGAUCCAGGAGUGCCACGCUCAGAACAAAGACCUGGCUUUCCAGACAAUCAGCGGGAUUCACACAGUCCGCAGCUUCAGGGCGGAGAAAGACGAGCUGAGGAGGUACAAUGAGGCUCUGGACGUGAUGUGCGCCGUGAAGAGAAGUACAGGAAUCUACAGCGCAGUCUUCCUGUUGAUACGGAGGGUGGUGAGUCUGGGAAUAAAGAUACUCAUGCUGGUACAGGCCCGCAGCCUCAUAUCGUCAGGUGACCUCACUAUUGGAAGUCUUGUGUCCUUCUUCCUGUACCAGAAGCCCAUGUCAACCAAUUUAAAGGAGAUCAUGUAUUGCUAUGGAGAGACGAUGUCCACAGUCGGAGUCAUCUCCAAAGUGUUCAGUUAUCUUGACCGAACACCAAAGUGUAAGAAGGAGGGAGAGUUAGCUCCUGAGAGGCUGGAGGGAAGAAUUGUUUUCCAAAAUGUGACCUUCAAAUAUCCCUCAUCUCCUGACGUGGAACCAGCUCUGAAGAAAGUUUUUAUGGAGCUUAAGCCAGGGAAGAUGACAGCUCUGGUGGGUCCCUCUGGAGGCGGGAAGACUUCCUGUGUGAGCCUCCUGAAGAGGCUAUACGAACCUGAAGAGGGGCAGAUCCUGCUGGAUGGACAACCUCUGCAUCAUUACAAUCACAAAUACUUCCAUCAAAAGAUGGCCCUGGUAUCCCAGAACCCUGUGCUGUUUUCUGGUUCUCUGAGGUACAACAUUGAGUACGGCCUGAAGGACUGCACCUUAGAGAGGGUGGAGGAAGCUGCAAAGAAGGCCAACGCAGACCUCUUCAUCUCUGAACUCAAGAACAAAUAUGACACAGAUAUAGGGGAAUGUGGUGGUAAGCUGUCAGACGGACAGAAGCAGAGCCUGGCCAUCAUCAGAGCUCUGGUCCGGGAGCCGCAGGUCAUCAUACUGGACGAGGCCACCAGCAAACUGGAUGUUGAUGUGCAGCAUGCUGUGCUGCAGGAGGUUCUGACCUGCGGUCGGACUGUCCUGGUUGUGGCUCAUCAGCUGAAGACUGUGGAGAAGGCAGAUCACAUCAUCUUCAUCGAGAAGGGAGCCGUAGUAGAAGAAGGGACCCACGAACAACUCAUGGCCAAAGAAGGGCGCUACUAUCGUUUGAAAGAGGAACUGUUCUCUUAACCCAGCUGAGAAAAGUUCAGUAAAUGUAUUUUUAGUGUUUCUACAUUUUAAUGCGGGAAUAUUUAUCCUGCAUGUUUUAUCUUCUAAAGAUAUGUCAGUGCAAAAUGUAUUUAAUGAUUGAUCAUGAAAUUUGUUUGUAAAGCACCUUUCAUACAAGCUGUGCAUUACAGGAAAAUGGAUAUAAAAUAUACAUAAAACAGGGAAAGAAUGACAAAAUUAAUGAAGAAGGGUGUGGUCUGCAUGUUCAAUGGCGAAUACGAGUAUAAAUGAUGUUUAACAGUUUGAUCUCAACACACCGACACAUCAGAAAGAACUAAGACGAAUGCUCUAAUAAGCGAACAUUAGUAUUGUUUUUGAUGCAGUUUUGUUUUUUGUAGUAUUUAAAGUCAACUCUCAACUACAGCUAAUAUUAGCCAAGCUACUUGUUUUACCAGUUCCGAGUUCUGAAUGUGGACUAGAGCAUUAUAGAUACUACA